AUCACUUGGGUACUUCUGUACCAGUAAUCCAAAGAAUCAGAGUUGUUCUAGCAUUCUAACCUAACGCAGUAGGAGAUUAAGGUUUAGCUAUUUGAGGUGAGAUGAGUGAUUACAAUGGUGGAUUCGAUGGCAAUGAAGAGAGUAAAGGAACUAACCAUGGAGGAUCUUCACCUUAUGAUGCGUUUGAAGAUCGCGACUCUCACACCAAGCACAAUUCUCGGGGUUUGGAUCACGAAAGGCCGAGGACUAAAGAACGGGAUCGAGAGAGGGAAAGGGAUCGCGAUCGACGCCAUAGGGACUAUAAGGAUAGAGGCGUGAGGGAAGAAAGAGGAAGGGAGAAAGUUGAUGACUAUGACCGUCACCGAACCCGUGAUUCCGACAGGCACCGUGAUUAUGACCGAGAUAAGGACAGGAGACACAAGCACAGAUCACGCUCUCGUUCACGGGAUAGAUCUAGGAAUCGAUCUAGAUCACGCUCUCCUUCUCGCUCAAAAAGCAAACGAGCAAGCGGUUUUGACAUGGCACCGCCAAGUACUGCCAUGUUAUCUGGUGGAACAGUUCCAGGACAAGUUCCAGGUGUUCCUCAAACAACGCCAGGAAUGCUCCAGAACAUGUUCUCUUUUGGGGCCAGUCAGUUUGGAGCUCUUCCAAUGAUGCCAGCGCAAGCCAUGACUCAGCAGGCAACAAGGCAUGCCCGUCGAGUUUAUGUUGGCGGCCUUCCACCAUUGGCUAAUGAGCAGACAAUUGCCACAUUCUUCAGCGGCGUGAUGUCUGCCAUUGGAGGAAAUUCUGCUGGUCCAGGUGAUGCUGUAGUCAAUGUGUACAUAAAUCAUGAAAAGAAGUUCGCUUUUGUGGAGAUGAGAACUGUUGAAGAAGCAAGUAAUGCGAUGGCAUUGGACGGGAUUAUGUUUGAGGGAGUCUCUGUGAGGGUUCGGAGGCCUACAGACUACAACCCUUCACUGGCUGCAGCACUUGGACCUAGCCAGCCAAGUCCACAUCUCAACUUAUCUGCUGUUGGUCUCACACCUGGUAUAACUGGUGGAGUAGAGGGACCAGAUCGCAUAUUUGUUGGUGGAUUGCCAUACUAUUUUACAGAUGCACAGAUACGAGAACUACUCGAGUCUUUUGGACCUUUGCGUGGAUUUGACCUCGUUAAGGAUAGGGAUACAGGAAAUUCAAAAGGUUACGGAUUCUGUGUUUAUCAGGAUCCUGCUGUCACGGAUGUUGCUUGUGCUGCACUUAAUGGUCUGAAAAUGGGGGACAAGACUCUAACUGUUCGUCGCGCCACUGCCAGUGGGCAGGCGAAAGACCAGGAAAACAUAUUACAACAGGCACAACAACACAUAGCCAUUCAGAAAAUGGUUCUCCAGGCAGGCGGUAAUUUGCCUGGAAUUGGAAUGCCAGCCGGAAUGGGUGAAACUCCAACUAAAGUAGUCUGUUUGACCGAGGUGGUAAGUGCUGACGAGCUGAGAGAUGACGAAGAGUACAAUGAUAUAGUAGAGGAUAUGAGGGAAGAAGGCGCAAAAUUCGGGCCCUUGGUGAGUAUCAUAAUUCCUCGCCCUAAUGCAAACGGAGAUUGGUCAUCAGGAGUCGGAAAGGUUUUCUUGGAGUACGCAGAUAUUUCUGGUUCUUCCAAGGCAAAGGCUGCUCUUCAUGGUAGGAAAUUCGGAGGGAAUGAUGUUACCGCCGAAUAUUACCCAGAAGACAAGUAUCUCAAUGGAGAUUAUGGGGCGUGAAAUGAAAUAGCGUUUAAUGAAAAUAAGAGUAUGUAUAGGUAGUAGACGUAAUGAUUAGUGUUGUUUUUCAACAAAAAAUUGAAAUCAGAGUAGGGAUGUUUUAUCAUUCUUCUGUACGACAAAAAUUCUGUCACUUCAAAACAUUCAUCUAAUAGGAGCAUUAAUCUUUUGGAUCACUUCUCAUGUAUUGAUAAAAAAAUUGGAAAGGAGAAUUGACAAAAAAAGAUGCUGCUUAUUCA